AUUAUCCGUCAGGCUAAAGCACAGCAGAUGAUUGUUGUGCGAAAGAACACUCUCAACAUGAUAUUCGUAACGCACGCGAUAGGACCGGACACCGCCGGAAUCAUCGAUGCUGCUAUUAUGUUCAAGCAAUACCAGGCACCAGUACGCAUAGGGUUCGUCUUCUACACUUCUCGGUGA